UUUCCGUACCGAUUUUGACAGCUGUAAAACGCUAAAACUUGAUGUUCGUGCUGUUGUUGCUUCUACUGCUGCUGCUUCUUUAUUUCAAAAGGAAAUUGUCAAAAUGUAAUAGUACAUGGGGGCUCUCCAUUGAAUUAAAAUGAAGCAAAUUUUAUUUUCUUUUCAAAUAUCUUAAAUUUACACAUUGUGUAAAUAAUCAUAUAGUGUUGGUUUGUUCAAAAGAAUUUAAACUGAACUUUGUUUAAUUUGUGCUGUAUUUUAAAGUUGAAUGUGAGACGAACUUCAUUUUGUACAAGAGAUAUAGACAGAAAGAUACGAAGAAUCUGAAAACAAAAUUGUACAUAUCGUCAUAAAUGGAUAUUAUUAUCAUUCGUUACAAAAAAGUUUGUAAAGGUCUGUGCAAGCAAAAUUGGUGAAUUAUAGCAAAAAAAGAGUCUAAAUUGGUUUUUUGUUUGAUUGAAUUACGAAAAUUUGUACAUUUGAGUUUGACAUUACCCACAUGUAAUGAGUAAACCGAAUCAAUUCAAAUAUUUACAAGAUUGAAAGAAAUUUAUACCAAUAUCUUUAUAAGUAAUGAAUUUAUACGAUAAAAAAAUAAAAAUCCAAGGACUAAAUGGCAGAGUGCAUAUGCAAAUGAGUGUUGCCAUGGUUUAUGAUAAAGAAAAGUGCACGAGAGUGUUUCUCAAAUAAAUAGUUUAAGGUUCAGAGCAAACUAUGUUACAAUUUGAUGGAUUCUCAGGAUUGAAAGACCUACACAAUAUUAUGCCAUUGAAAUGUUUGUGACCGCAUUUGACUUCUUCGGCACAAUACAUACACAUUAUGAAGUGAUACACACAAAUACUGACACAUUAAUGAAAAUCUGAUGCGGUUUUAUUGGCAAUAAUCAAUUAUCUCCAAAACAAAUAUCAAAACGCCUCAUUUAUAUCUGAUUACACUGCACCCGGUUGUGCCCGAAGUAUUACUGUAAUGGAUAGAAGCCGCGGCAGCAGUAAACAUAGUAAAAAACGAAUGAAGAAGUCAAGCAAGAAAUCAAAACGACAUCGAAAAUCUCCAUACAUCGAUGAAUACGAUUCCAAAUGUGGUAAAAUACAUUCAUCCAAGGAUGUUUUGCCAUCGAGUAAAUUAGUUGAGUACUCCGAUGUAAGCUCUGAAGAUUUUUCAGCACCAGAAGCGGGAGAAAUUCAAGACGAAGAAAAUGCUUAUUCGUUCAACGAUCGUGACUGCCAGAAUAAUGGUAAUUCUUCGAGUCGCAAUAAUGCACCUUCAUUAGCAACUGGAAGUGUCAUGGAUGUAGAUAAUUCUAAAUUAUCUUCAACACCACCACAGCGGAAGUUGGAAGUUGGGUCUCCUAUUAGUUCAUCAUUAUCUUCGCAUUCUAGAUCAAAAAUGAGUAUUUCAUCGCAUCACCGCCACCAACAUUCGCCUGCCUCAUUUCAUGAUGAAAAUGAAGAUGACGAUGACGACGAAAUUAAAUCGGAUGGCUCAAAUGAAGUUGAGCGUAAGAGAAAGAAGACGAAGAAAACAAAGAAGAAGAAAAAUAAGAAAAAAAAGAAGAGAAAACGAAAUAAAUCCAUUUCAAGCGUUGAAAAUAUUUCCGAUAAUGAUUCAAUGCUGGAUGAUGAGUUAAAUUUGACACCACCGAUACGGAGUGAGUCCCCCACACAUUGGGGAAAACAACGAUAUACACCAAACCGUACGGAUACUCUAUCAAAAUCACCAAUGACACCGCCAAUCAGACCCAACAGCAACAUGAGCAUUUAUUCAGAUACAGCGCAAAAAUAUAUUGCAUCAUCCCCACAUACUCCACCAUUAGUGCCCAGAAAAACAACCGUAGCUGCAUACCAUAAUAGCCCGAUAGAUGUGGAUGCGAACUCAAGUGGAAGUCAUUCACAUUCACAUUCGCAUUAUCGAUCUCCUGGUAGUAAUCGAAGAAAUGCAUACAGUCCGCCGCCACACAGUAGCAAAAGGAGGCGACCAGAAAGAACUUAUGAGCGACCUUCAGAUUACCCAUACUCAUCGAAAAGAAAUACGGAUAUUCAGAACCAUCGGCAUUCUCGUGAACGAAUUGCAGAUACUUAUGAUCUGACAUCCUCGACCCGUAUAUUGCCUUCAAACAGAAAGCGCCGCGCACCACACAGUCCGUCGCCAGUUCGAUUGAGUAAACGACAUUCCCGUAGUCACAGUCCACGAGCAUUUCGACCAGUUGGUUCUCCGGUGUAUUAUUCAUCGCGUUCUAAUAGGACCAAAAAUGACACAUCACCACGGGCCGCACGCUCUCCAACUCCCCCAACAAGAAAACUUAAUAUAAAUAAUAAAAUUCCGGACACAAGUUUAUUCGCUGAAUUAGUUAAAGACAAACACAAACGAGAUAAGGUUUUGAAAGAAAUCAUUGACAAGCAAGAGGAAAAGUCUGUUAAUUCUGGUGGUGAAAACUCAAAUAGUGCUAUUACGAAUAACAAUAAUUUGGUAGUAAUUGAUACAGUGGAUUCAGCGAGUAUAUCAACAAGUUCAGAAAAAACCAACGAUCUACAGACAUCGAACGGAAUGAAAGAUGCAGUAUGCUUAGUUGACAUUCCAAUGCCAAGUGCGGAUGAAAGUCAAAAUGAUAAAACUACCUCAAAAGAAGGAAUUACGACAUCUAAUGCAAAAACGACAGAAAAAUCACCAGGGGAAGAGAGUAUCAAUUCGUCUGAUAAAACACACACCGAUCUGCAUCGACAAUUCAAUCUCAUUUCAGUACCACCACCUCCACCGCCGAGUGAACCAAAAGCCACAUUUGUUUCAAAUAUUGUGAUAGCCACACAGCGCACGGAGACGAUAAUUAAUACGACAGUUGAUUAUUCGCGCCCUCAAGCGAAGCAAAAUCAAUCUACAACUUUAAUGAAAUCAACUACUACGACGAUAUCGAAGCCAAAAAAUCUUACGAAAUUGCCAAUGCCUCCAGGGGUGAAUGUGAAUGAGCUAGAAGAUAUUAAUACACCUAGCCCACCACAAAGUACGAGUCCAAUCUGUAAGCAGACAAAAACUACUUCCAAUAAACCAGCAACAUCUGGUGUUACAAAUAAGAAAGGUGGACUUCUGACAUUACCAAUGCCACCAAUGGUUCCUGGGAGUGAAGACUUGAGUGGAGAUGAUGAUUAUAUCAGUUCACCAGUCACAUCAGGUCAUUCAUCAAGCUUCAAACAAAACAACAGUGUUCUGCAUGUAAAUAGCGGUGGGAUCAGCAACAAAAAAGAUGUAAAACGUAAGCGGCCGACUAUUUUGCAUCGAAGAAAUUCAAGGAGUCAGACAAUCAAAGAUUGGGGAGAACGAUGUGUCGAUGUAUUUGAGGUUAUAGCACAGAUCGGAGAAGGAACUUAUGGACAGGUAUAUAAAGCGAGAGAUAAUCAGGCAAAGGAAAUGGUGGCAUUGAAGAAAGUCCGCUUAGAGCAUGAAAAAGAAGGUUUUCCGAUAACUGCUGUACGUGAAAUAAAAAUUCUAAGGCAAUUAAACCAUAGAAAUAUUGUCAACUUACGGGAAAUCGUCACCGAUAAACAAGAUGCUUUGGAGUUUCGUAAGGACAAAGGCUCAUUUUAUUUAGUAUUUGAAUAUAUGGACCAUGAUUUGAUGGGUUUACUGGAGUCUGGAAUGGUUGAAUUUAAUGAAGAAAAUAAUGCUAGCAUAAUGAGACAGUUGCUGGAUGGUCUUAACUAUUGUCAUAAAAAGAAUUUCUUACAUCGGGAUAUCAAAUGUUCAAAUAUUUUAUUGAAUAAUAAGGGCGAAGUCAAAUUGGCCGACUUUGGUCUAGCACGUUUAUAUAAUGCAGAGGAUCGUCAACGUCCUUAUACAAAUAAAGUGAUCACACUGUGGUAUAGACCACCUGAACUAUUAUUGGGUGAGGAGCGCUACGGACCAUCCAUUGAUGUGUGGAGCUGUGGUUGUAUUUUGGGUGAACUAUUUUCGAAGAAGCCUUUGUUUCAAGCAAACGCAGAAAUGGCACAGCUUGAAAUGAUUUCAAGAUUAUGUGGAACACCAACACCAGCUGUUUGGCCAAGUGUCAUACGUCUACCCUUCUUCCACACAUUAAAACCAAAAAAGCAGUAUCGACGAAGAUUACGUGAAGAAUUCAUAUUUAUGCCUGGUGCAGCACUCGAUUUACUCGAUAAAAUGCUUGAACUAGAUCCUGACAAACGGAUUACUGCUGAGGACGCUCUCAAAUCAAACUGGUUAAAAAAUGUCAAUCCUGAUCAAAUGCCGGCACCAAAACUUCCGACGUGGCAAGAUUGUCAUGAAUUGUGGAGUAAGAAACGAAGACGCCAACAACGUGAACAGGAGUCGUUGCAAAAUCUUCCCGGGAAAGCUGGUAUGGAUGGAACAUCUGCGAACUAAUUCUAAGAAAAAGUAGAAGAUUUUUCAAUUUAAUGUGAGGACAAAAAGAACAAAUGUUUGUAAGCAAGAAGAGAAUCGACCGAUUUUCCAUUUCAUAGUGAAAUUUAUUGUAAUAAAUUGUUUUACGAUAAUAUACGGCAUUGAAUAUAAAUAAACCUUCACCUUUCGAUGGCUAAAAAAA